UGUAUUGUAUUGAUUAUUGAUUUGUUAUGAAUAUAUACUAAUUAAUUGAAUUUAUAAAUAUGGAAAUCUAUUUAAUUAACGGCAAAAUGAAGAGAACUGUGUUAUAGAUUCGCUAAAAUUAAAUAUGUGACGUGCAAAUCUCACAACAAAUAUUAAAAUUGUUUUUUGAAUUCAAUUCAACAUCAAACAUGUCCAUACCUACAAUAAACUACAGUGUACCUCCGCCACGGUUGGACAUGCCGCCGCCUGUGGCAACUGUUCCAAUAGCGACGUCGAUGCCACCUCCGAUGUAUGGGCCUCCGCCUACGUUUAUGCCGCCGCCCAUUCCAUAUGUGGAGAAGCUCACACAGCCGGCGCCAUCUCCUUCGACUGCUUACGCCCCUGUGACAACUUAUACUCCAAUUAAUGUGCCCCCACCUAAUGCGGUCUAUCCCAUGAUGCCGAUAGAUAUGCAUUCACCGCCUCCACCCUACUAUACACCACCAUACGAUUAUAAUGGAUACAACUAUAGCCAAACAAGACAAACACCAUCAUCCUCUAAAGACUGGCCAAACUCUCACUCCUCCACCAUGAGCUCUGGAAAACCUAAACCAUCAGGAUCUUAUUCCGAAAAGGAUGAGAGGAGUCGCAGAGAUUCUCAUGAUAGACUUGUUCGCAGUUCUUCAUCAAGGAGACGUUCUCCUGGCCAUGAUAGACACUAUGAGCGAGAACGAGAAAUGAGACAACGUAGUGAACGUCGAUACAGUCGUAGUCCAAGUCGUCAUAGCAGCUCAAGUAGUCAACGUAGUCAUGUUUGUCGUAGUCCUUCUUACUCUAGUCACAGAGAACGAGAAAAGUCUUACAGGCAAAGGUUUGAUGAAAGGCGAGAGUAUGAGCGAAAAAGAUGUGAAUAUGAAAGACGUCACAGUCCAUCUCGUAGUAGAGACUACAGGAGUCAUAGUAGAGCUCAUGAUCCAAGAAAACUCAGAUCUCCAAGUAGGCAAAGUUUUAGAUCUCCAAGCAGAGAUUCUCGAAUGCGUAGCCGCACCCGUGAAAUGUCUCAUGUAUCACAACGAAGUAUCAGACAAGAACCUAAACCAUUAUCAGAUCGUGAGAAAAUUUUAGAAGAAUACAGGAAGAACUAUUGCAAGACUUCUGAAGAUUUCAUUGAGAAAAUGGAACAAUGGUCUAAAGAACACAACUCAGAUGAAGAAGAGGUAUCAAAGAUGUGGUUUAGAAGUUCUCCGGCAGAGUUGUACUAUAAGCCAGCAGAGGCAGGUUCUGGAGUCCAACAAACUGCUAAAUUGGAGAAGAUCUGUGACACAUUCUACCAGCAGCUGAUUGAAAGGGGGCGGAAUGCUAGACCUGAAGUGGAUGAACUGCCACCUUUGAGACCUUCUAAAGUCGCCAUGUGCAAACAUAAAUCUGAAGAUGGAAGUUCUUCAUCUGAGAGUGAAGAUGAAUGUCUGGAUGAAGAUGGUCUUCAAGGCUACACUGACAGGAUCAUGCUGGAGCUGCAGAGGAAGCAGAGUCACCCUAGGAGGCUACAUCCUGAGAUGUGGUUUAACAAUACUGGGGAAAUGAACGGCGGCCCACUGUGCCGCUGUAGCGCGCGUGCUCGACGUUACGGCAUGAGACAUGGCGUCUAUGCCAGUGAAGAGGCCUUCCCCAAGUGUAUACCGACGCGGAGCAACAUUGACAAGCUAUAUCAUUACAGAAUAACAGUAUCACCACCAACAAACUUCUUGAUAAAGUCUCCAACGAUAAUAGCUCACGAUGAGCACGAGUUCUUAUUCUCCGGGUUUUCGAUGUUCUCUCACUAUAAACUAGCAAAGUUACCUACGUGCAAAGUAAUAAGGUUCAAUAUCGAGUACACUAUCUUAUAUGUGGAGGAACCAGCGCCACAGAACUUUACCGUCAAGGAAUUGGACCUGUUUGAGGAAUUUUUAUUCUACGAGCUACUGGAGUUAGUAGAUUUGGACUUGGGUAAAGGUACUGACACAACUUGCUCGCAGUUUCACUUCAUGCCGAGAUUCGUACGAUAUUUACCCGAAGGUGGAUGUGAGGUUCUAUCAAUGUGUGAAGUGCUGAAGUAUUUGAUUGACGAAAGUGGUUUAUUGAUAGCACCCGAUACUUUAGAGGAGGUGCAUAGAAUGGACCACUACACUUGGCAAAAGUUUGUGGACAGGAUUAAAGGUAUGAUAGUGACAUACCCAGGCAAGAAGCCAUGUUCAGUCCGUGUGGAUCAGAUAGACCGGAGUCCACCAACCACAUCUGAUGACUCCAAUAAGCCUUACUAUCCGGAGAUAGUACAUUUUGGUAUACGGCCACCACAACUCAGUUAUGCUGGGAAUCCUGAAUACCAGAAAGCGUGGCGAUACUACGUAAAGUACAGACACUUGAUCGCCAACAUGGCGAAACCAUCUUUCAAGGAGCGACAGAAGUUGGCCGCUAAAGAAGCCAAACUGCAAGAGAUGAGGACCCAGAGUAAGAUGAAACGCGAUGUCACUGUCGCUAUAUCGUCUGAAGGGUUCCACACGACUGGUCUUAUGUGUGACGUUGUUCAGCACGCAAUGUUGAUCCCAGUACUAGUAAGACAUCUACGCUUCCACAAGUCGUUGGACAGCCUCGAGAAUAAAAUUGGAUACGUGUUCAAACAAAGGGCAUUGCUUCAAACAGCUCUCACUCAUCCGUCGUAUAGGGAGAAUUUCGGGACGAACCCUGAUCAUGCAAGGAACAGUUUAACUAACUGUGGCAUACGACAACCUGAGUAUGGAGAUAGAAGGAUACAUUAUACUAGGAAGAAAGGUAUCGUGACCUUAAUAAACAUAAUGUCUCGGUUCGGCAAGAACAAUGAGACGGAGUCGGAUAUAAAACACAACGAACGACUAGAGUUCCUCGGUGACGCAGUGGUGGAGUUUCUGUCCUCCAUACAUUUGUUCCGCAUGUUCCCCGGCUUGGCUGAAGGAGGACUCGCCACGUACAGAGCUUCUAUUGUACAGAAUCAGCAUUUAGCACAAUUAGCUAAGAACAUAGAGCUGGAACAGUACAUGUUGUACGCGCACGGCUCGGACCUGUGUCGGGAGGUAGUGAUGCGACACGCUAUGGCAAACUGCUUCGAAGCUCUCAUGGGGGCAUUGUUCUUAGACGCUGGGAUUGAUGUAGCAGACCGUGUUUUCGCUCUCGCUCUCUGGCACAACCAGCCCGACCUCCUCGACGUAUGGACCAAGGAGCGAGCGCAUCCAUUGCAGGAACAGGAACCGCUCGGUGACCGCAAAUAUGUCAAGGACUUUGAGUUCCUACAGCGACUUGUUAAUUUCGAGAAUUCUAUCGGCGUCCAAUUCAAGCACAUCCGUCUACUAGCCCGAGCGUUUACGGACCGAUCCGUAGGGUUCACGCAUUUAACGCUGGGCUCUAACCAACGACUCGAGUUCCUUGGCGACACAGUGCUACAACUAGUCGUGUCUGAUAGACUCUAUCGACACUUCCCUGACCACCAUGAAGGACAUCUCUCUUUGCUCCGUUCAUCGUUAGUAAACAACCGCACGCAGUCGAUGGUGUGUGACGACCUGGACAUGUCCUCGUACGCGAUAUACAACAACCCCAAAGCUAAACCCACCACCAAGAAACACAAGGCUGACCUGCUUGAAGCUUUUCUCGGAGCUCUGUAUAUUGAUAAGAACCUAGACUACUGCCAGGCUUUCUGCAACGCGUGCUUGUUCCCGCGUCUACAAGAAUUCAUUAUGAACCAGGAUUGGAACGACCCAAAGUCUAAACUACAACAGUGUUGUCUCACUUUACGGUCUAUGGAGGGCGGAGAGCCUGACAUCCCUGUAUACAAGGUGAUCGAGUGUCUAGGUCCAACGAAUACUCGCGUCUAUACAGUAGGCGUAUACUUCAGGGGACAGAGGUUGGCCGCCGCGCGGGGACACUCUAUACAAGAGGCGGAGAUGAAUGCCGCCGAGAAGGCACUGAGCUGUGCUCAUGAACUAUUCCCGCAACUAGAUCAUCAGAAACGAGUUAUAGCAAAGAGUUUACGCAAGAAGAAGAAGCGUGCAAAUGGUAGCAAUAAUAGCCCACAAGACGGGACAGCGGUCAACAACCCGAAAUUCGACGACAAAGUACCAAAAGCUUAUAGACUUGAUACUCAGUACGAGAGUUCUGAAGAAAGCAACCCAGCUAUGUCUGAAGAAGAAGCCGUACCAGCUGAUAAAUCCAAUGAAGAUUCUGGACUAGACAGUGACUCUUCAUUGCCGCAAGACAAACUUGAUCAAGUACAAGUAAGCAGUCUGUUAAGUGACAUGCAGAAAAUUAAAGAAGAUUUGAUUAGGCGCAACGAGUAUGAAAAGUUGAAGGAAAAAUGCCGCCGAUCGGAUUCUGAUGAUGACUAGUGAGGUUGAAGCUUUAAGUUCUGUUAGUAUAGCUGUCAUUACUUUUUUUUUGAUAAUGAAAUUUGACACAAAUAGAAUUGAACAUGAAUUAAUGUGUUGUAGUCAUAGAUUUCAUGUCAUUGUGUCCAUUAAUUUUCACUAAAAACAUACUACGGUUUCAUUUAUAGGAAUUAUUUAAUAAUAGGCCUAUUUCUUUAGUUAUAAUUAUAAUAGCUUCAAUCUAAAACUCAUUCAUUUCACUAGAAAGUAUACUUCGUUCUGAUGUAAUUUUGUGUAGUGGUUAGCCUAAGCCUAUUAUAAUGUAUCUGUUGAUCACCGAAUGCAUUAAAUACUCAACAUAGAUGUUUGUCGUGCGGAUAAAGCUACAUGACUUUGUCUGUAUAUUAUUCCAAAUUAUGAGUAAAACCUUCAUGGUUAUUUCUGAACAGUUUUGUCUUUUAAAAUGUGUGAUAUUGACUAAUAUGUAUGUAUGAUACUGGGGUUUGUAUAUUCUUGUAUUGAUGACACUCGUGGAUGUAGUGAAAAUGAAAAGAGCUUAUGAAUUAAGGUCUGAAUAUAUUCAAGAAAAUCCUUGACCAAUGAAUCAUUCUUCGAAUUAAAUCAAAAUCAGUUUUGAAUCUAUCUUAUUUACAGGCAGAUACAGAAAUACUCAUUGAAUAAGCUACUAUAAACUUUACCUUUAACGAAAUAAAGCUCAUAAUAAAAAUUUCAAAACAGUUUAAGGUGGACGUUUUAAUAUCGCAUAUAUAUAGUGUAAAAAAUAGGGCAGGACACGUGCGAAAUUAACGCCUCGUGAUAUUGAAAUGUCAUCAAUAAUUAUUUGAAAAUAUUUAUUAACUUGAACCUUUUGACCGCCAGAGUGCGUGUGCACGACAAGCCAACCUGUGCCCAGUGCGCAAUGAUUGGUUUGUUUAGUGGAGCCGCCCAAUCAGAGCGCCGACCGCGCUCGAU